ACUGCGCUGUGGUAUUCAGAGCGCGCGCCCGCCCGCGCGGGAGAACGGAGCCCCCUUUGAACUGGGACCACACCGCACACACGACACAACACUCCGGGCUUCGAGAAGGAUGCAGGGAUUCAUCUUAUUGGACUCUGUCGCCCAUUAAUUUAGUCCGUAGUGUAUUACUAGACAACGAGCCGCCUGAUGACCAGCCCCGGGAUUUCACCUCGUCCUUCAGAGCCGCGCGAAUCACCAGAAAAAACGGCCGACCUUUCCCCCCUCCGACGGUCCGCCUCGGCUCUUUCCACAUAAAAGAAGCCCAGAGGCCACCGUCAGCAUCGUGGACUGGGCCGCCGACCGAUGGGUUUUCACUCCGGAACUGAGCCUUCUCUCCUGGGACGGUGCUAGGUGUUGCUGCUCUCGGACCCUAGAACUGAGCCCCCUGCGGAACCGACGGCAGUGCUGCUGGAGCGUGCGGUGCCGAGACUGACCAGGUUUCCGACAUCCACAGCAGGACCGAGGACGAAUGAGGACCGGGGAGCCCGAAGAACGGAUGUCUUCCAAGCGACCAGCCUCUCCAUAUGGGGGAACAGAUGGAGAGGUAGUCAUGGCGACCAGCAGACAGAGAUUGGAAGAUGAGGAGAGUGACGGACAGCCCGUCAUUCACUUGCCCCUAAACUCCUACAGUAGCAAAGUGUCUCCUCGGUCUUUGGACAGCCCCGCAAGCCUGCACAACUCCACGGAGCAUGAUGGUGCUAAGGGUGCCCCACUGAGCCCCUACGCCCAGCACACCUCUUCUACCUCACCUGCCAAGAUGGAGGACGGCGGACGCCCAGGGAGUGAGCCAGGAACAGCGGCUGCAGCGGCAGUGGCAGCAGCUGGCACUCCUGAGCGCCGCAAGGGCAGCUUGGCUGAUGUGGUGGACACACUGAAGCAGCGAAAGAUGGAGGAACUGAUCAAGAAUGAGCCAGAAGAACCCCCCAGCAUUGAGAGGCUGCUUUCCAAGGACUGGAAGGACAAACUGCUGGCCAUGGGAUCUGGGAACUUUGGAGAAAUUAAAGGGACCCCAGACAGCCUGGCGGAGAAGGAGAGGCAAUUGAUGGGCAUGAUCACGCAGCUGACCAGUCUGAGGGAGCAGCUGCUGGCCGCCCACGAGGAACAGAAGAAGCUUGCUGCCUCACAGAUCGAGAAACAGCGACAGCAGAUGGAGCUGGCCAAGCAGCAGCAGGACCAGAUUGCCCGGCAGCAACAGCAGCUCUUGCAACAACAGCACAAAAUCAACCUACUGCAGCAGCAGAUUCAGCAGGUCCAGGGUCAGCUGCCCCCCCUGAUGAUCCCAGUGUUCCCGCCAGACCAGAGGACUCUGGCUGCAGCUGCUGCACAGCAGGGCUUUCUCUUGCCACCAAGUUUCAGCUACAAGCCAGGCUGCAGUGACCCUUACCCUCUGCAGCUGAUUCCUACCACUAUGGCAGCAGCUGCUGCAGCAACACCUGGUCUGGGCCCACUACAGCUCCAGCAGCUUUACGCAGCCCAGCUGGCAGCCAUGCAGGUGUCUCCGGGGGCCAAGCAUGGCAACAUGCCCCAGGCCAACCUUGGCACGCACUCGCCCACUAGUGGUCAGACAGAUAAGUGCAGGAGCACCCCACCACCAAAACCCAAGGAUGAGGGUGCUCAGCCCCUGAACCUGUCGUCCAGGCCUAAGGCGGCCGAAAGCAAGUCACCCACCUCCCCCGCUUCCCCACAGGUUCCCACCGUGAAGCUGGGUCCCGGCUCCCUGAAGCAUAGCACCCCUGCCAGCAUCAGCAGUUCUGCAACUCGCGUCGGCUCCAUAGACCUGCUGUCCUCCAUCACGUCAGGCGGGUACCUGAAUGACCACGAGGCGGUGAGCAAAGCUUUCCAGGAGGCCCGGCAGAUGAAGGAGCAGCUGAAGCGAGAACAGCAGGUGCUGGACGCCAAGGUGGCUGUCGUCAGCAGCCUGGGCAUCAGCAGCAGUCGCUCGGAGAAGGAGAAGGCUGCCCUGGAGAACCUUACCCAGCAGCUGAAGCACUCCGAAGAGGGAAAGUUCAGCCAUGCCAUGAUGGACUUAAACAUCAGUGGGGACUCAGACGGCAGCCCUAGUGUGUCGGAUUCACGGAUGUUCCGGGAGUCUCGUGGAAGAGGGAACAGCGAGCCGCACAUCAAGCGACCUAUGAACGCCUUCAUGGUGUGGGCGAAGGAUGAGCGGCGGAAGAUCCUCCAGGCCUUCCCUGACAUGCACAACUCCAAUAUCAGCAAAAUUCUUGGCUCCCGUUGGAAGGCCAUGACCAAUCUGGAGAAGCAGCCGUACUAUGAGGAGCAGGCUCGGCUCAGCAAACAGCACCUGGAGAAAUACCCCGACUACAAAUACAAGCCCCGUCCCAAGCGCACAUGCCUAGUAGACGGCAAGAAGCUGCGCAUAGGCGAGUACAAGGCCAUCAUGCGCAACCGCCGCCAGGAGAUGCGUCAAUACUUCACUGUUGGGACACAGGGCCAGCUGCCCCUGUCCUCCGCGGGUGUCGUAUAUCCUGGUGCCCUUCCCAUGGCAGGCAUGCCAUCCCCGCAGAUGCCCUCGGAGCACUCCAGCAUGUCCAGUAGCCCGGAACCCGCUGUGCCAGUCAUCCAGAGCCCGUACCUGGGCGGCUUAAAGGGAGACGAGCCCCGUGUGAAGGAGGAGGAAUUGCGGCUGGAUGACGGAAAUGCUGACGCCUACGAAGACUUUGACUAUGAGGAGGAGGAUGGGGAGUAUGGCAGCGACAGCGAGAAUCACAUUGCUGAGCAGGCGCACUGAUCUGGGUCAGAAACUGAAAAAGGCCAGGGGAAGCUCGGGGCAGGGAGGGAAGUGGAGGAGAGGGGGGUGGGGCUACCACACCCACACAAACCCCAUCCCCACCCCCUUUACUGUGCUUACAUAUGCCCCCUCCCAGAUCAGAGCCAUGCCCCAACCCAGCAAAUUCCCCUUGUGCCAGCAGCCAAGCACAGGAACUGUCUAACACUGACUGUUACAGAAGCAGAGAGAGUCUUAAAGGAACCCAUAAACUCUCCGUGUGCCCAGUGGGGGUAAAACAAGGAGACACAAUAAGCUACAGGAUGGAAACUGAAAAAAAAACACAAGACUAAGCACUGAAGCCUGAUCCCUCUGGACCUGUUUAUUAAACAAGAGACACUUUUAAAUGGCUAACCUGUUUGUUCAUAAAGAGACACUUUUAAAUGGCUUUUUUUCUUGGUUCUAUAAUAUUCUCACUCAGGUACAUGGUGCCAACAAGUGGCUUGUGAAUGUGAUAUAUUGUUUUGUGCUACAGUUUUAAGAAACAAACAUUUUAGUUUUUUUGAUUUUCCUUUCAGUAAAAAGCACCUGACAAGAGUAUAGAACAGGCUUCUCUCCAGCUUCAGUUGGUUUGGCUUUCUUUCCAGCUACACAUUUAUCUCUCAAGUCACUUCCUUCUUUUUGUUGCUCAUCUGCACGGACACUGCAUCCUGUAGGAAGUGCCAAAUUAGCACCAAGCAUUGAGUACGGGAGGUUUUUUGACCCUUGUCAGGUGUUAGGACUGUGAGACUUUGAUCUGUGCCCCAUCCUGGGACAGCGAGGACAGUCGUAGACAAUCUCCUUCCCAGACAACCAGCAGCUCUCUGUCUCUUUCUCAUUCCUCUUUCCGUUUUCUUUUUUCCUCUCAUUCUGGUCAUGGUGACUGUGGGUGCUGCUCUCAGGUGAACGGGAGGAAAUGGGAGGAGGAUCGGAAGAGAAGUGAUGUUUGUGAAAUCUGGGUGCAAAUUAGGGAGAGACUUGGAGAAAAGGAGAGACAUCAUGUCUAUGAACUUCAGGUGUUGGGUUAGGUGUUGGAAUAGGAGUCUGCUGAAGGAAGGGUGGCUUAUGAAUCAGAGAAAUGUUAUGUAUAUGAACCACAUGAGUUUUGUGUGUGUGUGUGUGUGUGUGUGUGUGUGUGCGUGCGUGCGUGCGUGUCAGUGCACACGUGAAAGAGAGUGUGUUUCCUGGUGCAGUAAUUGUGAUGAACUGUUAUCACCAUCUAGGGGGACCUUUCACCUUUCCGUACUCACGGUUGCACACGGGCUCCAUUUGUUCCUUCAUUAUAAAUAUUUACGUAUAGAUCUAUAUUGCUGCGCUUCUUUGCGUAGAUGUUUAAUAAUGUAACAGGUGCACUUCUGCUGGAAGGAAAUGACACUCAACAUUUUAUUUCGUUUCUCCCUAGCGGCACUCAAGAAAUUAUCAGAAGCAUGUGCCGUACUGAAAAAUAGCUAUUCCUGCAUUUGAAAAAUGAUCUUUUAGCCUCUGAGACUUUGCAUUUUGAAUUGAAACAGGAAACGUGCCCUUACCUCAGAGUGUUAUUGGCAGCCCUCUGGGAAUGUGCGCGCACGCAUCUGCUGUUAGAGCCAUUAUCAGGCUUCUCAUACCCUUCCAUGGCACUUUCCAAAAUGAACAGAUGAGGUGGUUGACUUCUCUGAGAGAAACCAGUAUGGUGUGGGUUUUGCCCAUGCCUUCAUGUUUGUGGGAGCGCAGUCGGCAUCUGACCAUGGCCACUUGACACUCGCGAUGUCUGCCGACGCCAUUUGCCCAGAGUCUGUGACAUUCGCACUCAGAUGAUCCCAAGCAGCAAAUGCAUAGGAGUGAGCUGCAUUGCAUUGUGGGUAUGUUUUCACUUAACUCUCCAGUUUCUGAAACCCUAUUAGCACUGAACUCUGGCCCAGUCUUAACAGUGCAGUGAAUGAGACAGGGUUACAGCUUCAGCAGCCAGCAGGACAAACACAGGCUUUUAGGAGUACGGAUUCUCCCCUGGAAGGUCUGGAUCCCUGUUCAAGGGAACACAGACUCACGCUGGCUGCUGUACAACCCCUUGACAGGGAACCCUUCCAACAAGAGUGAGCUUCACCUUCUUUGCUCGAUGGCAACGGACAAUUGUUAGGGAUCAUCAGCUGUAAGGUGAAAAACCCAGUGGCAGAAGUACAACUCUGGGCCUUCAGUUUUCAGGUCUGCAGUCAGAGCCCCGAUAGAGCCAUUAGCUAUGCAGUGAACACCUCUGACCGCACAUGUGUGAACUGUUCCUCGUUACCAUGAUUUACAGUUUUUCAUCACUGACAGUUUGUCUGACAUUUAGAGGCUCAGUUGUCCAGAGGACAGUCCCGACUCAUCAAAUCAGACUUGUUUCUCCAGUAUCGACGUCAUUUCAACUAUACUGCGUUCCCUUAGGGUCACUGAUGUUUGCUCCCUACAUCAGUCUGUCUCAGUUUUUCCCAGUGAAUUUACACUGAUCGCGCUGGGAGAUGCUACUCACGCUCAGCAUGUGUACAUUGUUCGUAUUUGAAUACUGUAUUUUCUCAAUCAAACUGCCUCUAGUGUGAUAAUAUUAA